AUGGACCACCACGCCCAGCAUGUGUAUCAGGAGAGGUGUUGCAUCAGAGGAAGGGAUGCUCCCCAGGGAGGUCCUCAGCACAGAAGCGGCCACCUCAGCAAGGUGGGAGUGACCUCGCAGAAGACUAUGAAGCUACUUCCUGCGUCAAAACAUAGAGCGGCACAGAAGGUGGUUAUUGGAGAUCAUGAUGGAGUAGUCCUGUGCUUUGGUAUGAAGAAAGGAGAAGCAGUGGCAGUAUUCAAGACCUUACCAGGGCAGAAGAUUGCCCGACUGGAGCUGGGAGGGGUUCUUAAUACACCUCAGGAGAAAAUCUUUAUUGCUGCAGGAUCUGAGAUUAGAGGCUUCACCAAGAGAGGAAAACAGUUCCUCUCUUUUGAAACGAACCUCACUGAGAGCAUUAAAGCUAUGCACAUAUCUGGCUCUGACCUCUUUCUCAGCGCAAGUUACAUCUAUAAUCAUUAUUGUGACUGCAAAGACCAACAUUAUUACCUUUCUGCAGACAAAAUCAAUGAUGUCAUCUGCCUUCCAGUGGAAAGAGUACCUCAGAUUACACCCAUCUUGGCCUGCCAGGACAGAGUGCUCAGGGUUCUACAGGGUUCUGAUGUGAUGUAUGAAAUUGAAGUUCCUGGCCCACCUGCUGUCUUAGCACUGCACAAUGGAAACGGAGGCAACUCUGGGGAAGACCUCUUGUUUGGAACGGCAGAUGGGAAGCUUGGGCUCAUUCAGAUCACCACAUCCAAGCCAGUGCACAAGUGGGAAGUUGGAAAUGAGAGAAAGCGGGGAGGUAUUUUGUGUAUUGACAGCUUCGAUAUUAUGGGUGAUGGGGUUAAAGAUUUACUUGUUGGGAGAGAUGAUGGAAUGGUGGAAGUGUACAGCCUGGAUAACACAGAGGAGCCUGUUCUGCGAUUUGACCUGGCAUUGUCUGAGAGUGUCACGUCCAUCCAAGGUGGUUGUGUAGGGAAAGACGGUUAUGAUGAAAUCGUGGUGUCCACCUACUCAGGCUGGGUCACAGGUCUGACUACUGAGCCUGUUCAUAAGGAAAGUGGACCAGGAGAAGAGCUCAAGAUCAAUCAGGAGAUGCAGAGUAAAAUUUCUUCUUUACGGAAUGAGCUGGAACAUCUGCAGUAUAAGGUGCUACAGGAAAGAGAGAACUAUCAGCAGUCUUCUCAGUCAAGCAAGGCAAAAUCAGCAGCACCUCCAUUUAGCAUAAAUGACAAGUUCACAUUAAAUAAAGAUGAUGCCAGCUACAGCCUCAUCCUAGAGGUGCAGACCGCAAUAGACAACGUCUUAAUACAGAGCGAUGUCCCCAUAGAUCUGCUUGACGUGGAUAAGAACUCUGCAGUUGUCAGCUUCAGCAGCUGCGACUCCGAGUCAAAUGACAACUUUCUUCUCGCCACUUACCGCUGCCAAGCAAAUACCACACGGCUGGAACUGAAGAUCCGCUCCAUCGAAGGCCAGUAUGGCACACUUCAAGCCUAUGUGACUCCAAGAAUCCAGCCCAAAACCUGCCAGGUGCGCCAGUACCACAUCAAGCCCCUCUCUCUCCAUCAGAGGACGCACUGCAUUGACCACAGCAGACCCAUGAAUACCCUGACGCUGACAGGCCAGUUCAGCUUCGCUGAGGUCCACUCCUGGGUGGUGUUCUGCCUGCCUGAGGUUCCGGAGAAGCCCCCAGCAGGAGAGUGCGUGACCUUUCACUUCCAGAACACCUUCCUGGACACCCAGCUGGAGAGUGUCUACAGAAAAGGAGAAGGAGUUUUUAAAUCUGACAACAUUUCUACAAUAUCCAUCCUAAAAGAUGUGCUUUCUAAAGAAGCUACAAAAAGGAAAAUUAACCUCAACAUAUCAUACGAGAUAAAUGAAGUAUCCGUCAGACACACUUUAAUGCUGAUCCACCCAAAGCUGGAAUACCAGCUCCUCCUGGCCAAGAAGGUGCAGCUGAUCGAUGCUCUGAAGGAAUUGCAAGUUCAUGAAGGAAACACAAACUUCCUGAUACCAGAGUACCGCUGUAUCCUAGAGGAAGCUGACCACCUACAGGAAGAAUACAAGAAGCAGCCUGCACACCUCGAAAGGCUCUACGGUAUGAUCACCGAUCUUUUCAUAGAUAAGUUUAAGUUCAAAGGCACCAAUGUGAAAACCAAAGUACCUCUCCUAUUGCAGAUUCUGGACAGUUAUGAUCAAAAUGCAUUGAUUGCUUUCUUUGAUGCUGCAUGAAAGAUAAACAGGGCAAAGUCCCAAAGAAGUGGUCUUUUAAACAAAAUGUUAAAGCCAAGUUACAAGCCAGCUUGUAAUAACUAAAUAUAUUUGAGAUACAUUGACUUUAAGCUUCUGUUUCUUUUGAAAAAUGGAACUGUUUUAAAAUAAAGUCUUAUUUUUAAAACACAAGUAGAAUGAUUAUGAGGGAUAUUAAUGAAUUUGGGGCAAGUAGAUGUUUUAAUUUUUAAAUUGAGAAAUUUGUAUUUGGAAGCAGGUAUGGUGGUGCACAACUCUAAUCCCAGCUAUUCGGGAGGCUGAGGCAGGAGGUUCAAAAGUUUGAGGCCAACCCCAGCAACCUGGCAAGACCUUUUUUUAAAAAAGGGUUGGGGAUGUAGUUCAGUGGUAGAAAGCCCUUGGGCUCAAACCCUAGUACCACCAAAUUAAAGAAAUAAAUAAAGUAGAUUUGUAAACUACAGAUUUCAGAAUUUUUUUUUUUUAUUUUUGUAUCUUACCUGGUUUGAUCUUCGCAAUUCUUUUAUUUAUUUGCAAACCUCUCAAUGAAGUUACAUGGUGUUAAGCUGGUUCUGCACCUGGUUUGUGUCCUGAUUCCUGUGUGUCAUCAACCAGUGGAAAUAACCUACCAGUGAUUUUUUUUUCUGGGAGUUGGAAUUGAUUUGCCGCUGAUUUCUUUGUUGCUUGGGGACAUUUUGUGACCCUGCUGCAGUUGGUGAAGUGCUUCACUUGGCUCACUGCUGUCAGUGGAGACCAGGGAAGUAAGAGGGGCUCAGGAUGGAGGGAUCAUAACUGGCUGCGCUCUCCCCAGUCCAGCUCUCCAAGUGUGUACCUGAAGAGUUUUCUACAGUUUUCUUGCAUUCAAAUCCACUAACUUCAUUAUAUAUGAAGGAAAAUAGCAUUUUCAAGCUACAUAGUUUGGUUCAUUAAUUCUUAUUCAUUUGGUGGGGAAUACUGUAUUUAAAGGUUUUAAAAUGGCAUAAAGAUACUGGGAAAUAAGCUAUUUUAUAUUUUCAAGAACGGUAGACUCAUGAAAUUUCCAUAAAACAGUGAUUCUUAAUUAUAUGUCAUAUUAUGUGCCAGUCUUGAAUAUUAAAUGUAAAAUUUGUUAAAGGCA